AUGGAGUCCUGGCUCCUCGCUGCCGUACUCGUCUGGAUCUUUCGUUACUUCCGCCUAAUCGUGAACUGCAUCUCUCAUUGGACUUACCGUCCCAUCCCCCCGCCCAAAAAUGCAACAUACACAUCUCAGGACGUCACGAUCAUCUGCCCUACAAUCGCCACUGGUGGGCCGGAAUUAGAAGGGACGUUGCGAACAUGUCUACAAUCGAACCCCUACCAGCUCUUCCUGGUGACCGUCGACGCGAACGUCGACAACUUGACCAAAAUCGCCAACGCCAUCGACCCGAAAAAGAUCAGUGUCUUGAGCAUUCGGGAGGCGAACAAACGCCGUCAAAUGUGCAGAGCCAUUCCCCAGGUCAGCACUCGCAUCACCAUCUUCGUUGACGACGAUGUCAUCUGGCCCUCGACCGUCCUACCAUGGAUCCUCGCACCCUUUGAGGACCCCCGGACUGGUGGCGUGUGCACAUCACAGAGGCUGAAGAGGGCGGAGGGUGCGGGCAUUUGGAGCUUCCUGGGCGCCGCUUACCUGGAACGCCGCAACUUCGACUGCUCCGCUUGUCUGCACAUCGACGGCGGUCUGCCUUGCCUCUCCGGUCGCACGGCAGCGUAUCGGAGCAGCAUUCUUCAGGAAGAAGCCUUCACCCAUGGCUUCACCCAUGAGGAAUGGCGCACGUGCCAGCUGAACGCCGACGACGACAAUUUCAUCACACGCUGGCUGUACGCGCACAAAUGGAAGAUUGCCAUGCAGUAUCACAAGGAGGCCGAGGUGCAGACCACCCUUGAAGACGGACCCCGGUUCAUCAGUCAGUGUCUCCGGUGGGUGCGAAGUAAUUGGCGAAGCAACUUGACCAGCAUGUUUGUCGAGCGGCAUUACUGGAGAUCCCAGCCGUGGAGCACGUAUUCCGUAUUGCAGACCACCAUCACCGCCUGGGCCUUUCCAUACGACUGCCUCAACUUCUUCACCUGGUACCAGGCUUCCCGCACCUGGACGGCAGACAACCGCACGACUUUGUUGGUAUUCAUGCUCUGUUGGAUGUAUUUGUUCAGCAAGACCGUGAAGCUAUGGGGCCACUACUUCCGCUAUCCGGCCGACGUCGUCUACAUCCCAGCCUACAUUCUCUUCGGAUACUUUCACGGCCUCAUCAAGCUUUGGGGACUCUUGACAUUGAGCGAGACUACCUGGGGUUCCCGAGAUGGCGCCGACACAGACGACAGCGUGCGUAUGAUACGCCUGCCAGCGUACGGCUCCACGGAUCCCGAUGGCCACAAAUCCGAGACAUUCGAGUACGGGCACGACGACUUUACGCAACAGCUUCCGGCCUACGACUCUCACAACCCACAUCAUCAUCAAGUCACGACCCCACCUGCAUUGCCACUCAUCACGAUCGAUCACGACUGA